CCACACAGAACAUAGCUAAAGUCUUCCACUUAUCUUAAGUCUUCUCAACUGUCCAAAGCUCAAGUCUUCUCUUCCACUUAUCUAACUCUUCCUCAUUGGUUCUCUUCCCUACUUGUAAGAGUCGCAAUAAUCAGUAUCAUCAUUGCUUCAAAAAUAUCAUCAAUGCCUAUGGCAAUUCAACACUAUAUUAUUUUACUCAGUUUUCUUCUUCAAUUCUCAUUACUACAAUUUCCCUCACUCGGAUUAUACAAUCUCCAACACACUUACUUCAUCAACUGUGGAUCAGAUAUCAAUGUUAAAGAAAACAACAAUCUUUAUAUUGGUGAAUCAAAUUCUACUUACCCUAAAACAAUAUUCACCAAAAGCUCCACAGAAACAAGCCAAUCAUCAGUUCUGUCACCUCUCUACCAAACAGCUAGAAUUUUCCAUUCUGAAUCAUCCUAUGAGUUCAAUACCAUCCCAAACAACACCUACAUGGUACGUUUCCAUUUCCUUUCCUUCUCUUCAUCAACUAACCUUUCCUCUGCUAAAUUCAAUGUUUCUGUUCCUGGAUUUUAUCUGUUACAAAAUUUCGACGCAAAAAACACCACCAACACUCCUUUAAUAAAAGAGUAUUUUGUCAAAAUCAUAAGAAAAAGAUUCAAAAUAACUUUCACACCUCAAACCUCAUCAUUUGCGUUUGUUAAUGCAAUAGAACUCUUUAUGCUUCCUAUUCAUUUUAUCCCCGAUUCAAUCGCACGUUUCAAUUACAUCGGUUCUACUACUGGUCGAGGCCUAUCUACUUAUACUGGCAGUUUACUCUCUCGAGCUUUGGAAACCAAACACCGUCUUAAUGUAGGAGGCGAAACUGUCACUAGACUAACCGAUAACUUAUCGAGAAAUUGGUUACCGGAUAACAGUUAUAUAACUACUCCACAAAACGCUUACGAUGGCAACUUUAACGGGGAUAUCAAACGCUCGGCAGACGAUGAAUCUGACGGUCCAAAUUCAAAUCAAUAUAUUGCUCCAGAUAUUGUUUAUCAAAAUGCCAAAGAGAGUAAAAACGGUUCUAACGGAUUAAGCAUAAGUUGGAGUGUUCCUGUGGAGAAAAACAUUGAUCAUUUUCUUAGGCUUCACUUUUGUGACCUUUUAAAUCCACAGCCUGGUCUUACAACUUUCUUUCUCUACAUUUAUGACACUUAUGUUCAAAAUGUAAAUGAUGGCGUAGGUUUGUUAUUUGAGUUGCGUGAUCCUUAUUAUUAUGAUUAUGUGGUUCGCUCCGAUAGCUCUGGCGUAUUGAAGGUUACGGUAACACCUAAUAAGACAGAUUUUAAACCAAACGCAUUUUUAAAUGGGCUAGAACUAAUGAAAGUGAUUGAGUCGUCAGGUUUAGUUCCUGCAGAUUAUUUCGAUUCAAAAUCGAAGGUCAGACUUCCAGUGUUGGUGGGUUCAGUCAUUGGGGGUUUGGUUUUAGUUUCUGUUAUCGCCGUUGUGUAUCUUUGUAAAAUAAGGAAACAAACGCCUGAUGAGAAUUCCAAUUGGUUGCCAGUUCGAGCUGUUGCGGGAGGAAGUUCUCACAGUAGACUAACUGAUGGAACAACUCAAGGCUCACCUCUACCUAACAUAAAUCUUGGAUUGAAAAUCUCCUUGCUUGAUCUUCAACUUGCAACGGAGAAUUUUGAUGCGAAGUGGAUAAUUGGAAAAGGUGGUUUUGGAAUUGUUUAUAGAGGAGUUCUCGGGAAUGGAAAGAUUGUGGCUGUGAAAAGAAGUGAACCAGGAUGUGGUCAAGGACUUCAAGAAUUUCAAGCUGAGAUAAUGGUUUUGUCCAAAAUUCGUCACCGACACCUUGUUUCCUUAAUUGGAUAUUGUGACGAGAGGAAUGAGAUGAUUCUUGUGUAUGAGUACAUGGAAAAAGGGACACUUAGAGACAGUUUGUACAAUACAAAUUUGCCUAAUUUUUUGAGUUGGAAGCAAAGGCUUGAGAUUUGUAUUGGUGCUGCUAGAGGUAUUCAUUACCUUCACAAAGGAGCAACUGGUGGAAUCAUUCACCGGGAUGUGAAAUCCACAAACAUAUUGCUUGAUGAGAAUCUUGUUGCUAAAGUUGCUGAUUUUGGUCUUUCAAGGACGGGUCCUCUUGAUCAGCAUUCUUAUGUCAGCACAGGUGUUAAAGGAACUUUCGGGUAUCUUGACCCAGAAUACUUUAGAUCACAACAGCUUACAGAAAAAUCUGAUGUUUAUUCAUUCGGCGUGGUUCUACUAGAAGUGCUGUGUGCAAGACCAGCCAUUGAACCGGCGCUUCCAAGGGAACAGGUGAACUUGGCUGAGUGGGGAGUUUUUUGCAAAGACAAAGGGAUAUUGGAAGAUAUUAUUGAUCCAUCCAUUAAAGGACAUGUUGAUCAAAACUCACUAAGAAAAUUUAGUGAGAUAGUGGAAAAAUGCUUACAAGAUGAUGGUAGUGAUAGGCCUUCAAUGGGUGAUGUGCUAUGGGACUUGGAAUAUGCUUUGCAGCUUCAGAGAGGUGCAAUACAUAGACAGCCUCACGAGGAUAGUUCCAACAGUGCUUUUGUAUCAAUUCAAUUGCCUAAUGUUCGCCGUUUUCCUUCGCUGUCAACACUAAGUGAAACGGAUGACAUGUCUAUUGGGAGGGUUACUGAUGAAUCUGAUACUGCAGCAGAUACUGUUUUCUCUCAGUUGAAAAUUGGUGACGGUAGAUAGAACUUCAUGUUAUGUCCUUCAAAAAAGGAUAAUCAACUUGCAUGUGUCUCAAGUGGAGGAGCUGUUUUUCUUAGAUAGCCCACUUCUAUGUUUUGUCCUUGUUUCCAUAUAUUUUUUCAUAGUUAGUUAAGGUUGUUGGUGUAUUCUCAAUUGUAAGAUAAAUUAUUAUGAUGUCUAUUUCUGAUACAUGGAAUAAAUUAAUGGUAAUUAGGUGUAGUAUAUGUAGCAUCUGUUUGAAUGCUUGCACCAAUGUUUAUAGUAUAUACUGUGGGCAGCAAUAGCCAAUGGUAUGUACUAGUAUACAACAUCAACAACAACAAAACUUAUCCUACUAAGUGGUCGGCUACAUGGUUCAACUUUUGCUUCAAAGUUUUAUUCAAAACUUUAUUUUUAUCCAAAUUGUUAAACUCGAGUUUUUUUUAAUAAUUUCUUUUAUAGUCUUUCUAGGUCUAUCUCUUCUUCUAGUUGUUUGACUUUUCUCCAUCUGAUCUAUUAUCUUUACCACAAAAUUGACACAUCUUCUUUCUACAUGUCCAAAUCACCUAAUUCUAUUUUCCACCUUCUUCUCUACUAUAUGUCUUACCCCAAUAGUGUCUCUAAAAUUUUUAUUUUUAAUCCUAUCAUUUAUAGUCUUACCACACAUUUAAUGCAACAUUUUCACAUCUGCUACACUUGCUUUAUUCUUGUGUUGAUUUUUAAGCGUCCAAUAUUCUAUCUCGUAC